UUCAAAGGAUUCCGAUUUAAAUGCUACUAACGUCCAAGGCCAUAGAAUCUCGCUUCCAAAAAAAAGCCAGUGGAAGUGAAUAUAUUGGAUCAAAUGCAAGCAUGGAGUCUUUUGACAUCCUUUUUUCAGUUUGCUUGAAUGAAUUAAGUGUUUGUGAAGUUGUGGCCAUGUCUUGCUCAAUCAUCUUCACUAACUUUGUCAAGAUUUUGUGGAGCGUCACUCUAUAGAGACCAAUGGGUGAAUAAAGACACAACACAGUCUUCCUUAUUUUCUCUUGUGUUUCGGCAGAUUGUUGUUGUCACUAUUCAGAUGAAGAUGAGGGCAGACUGGUUUGUGACCAACUCUGUCAGACCCCAUUAUGUCAGACACACUUACGGUCUCUGUUUGUCCUCCCAAAUAUACCAAUGACAUCAUCUGUAUGCAGAGUAUGGAAAAUGAGUCAGUGAAGCAGCGCACUUUCAGAGAAUCAUAAGAUUUACGCAUGGAUGCAGACUAGAGCAGGAGUUUCUUGUUUUGGUAGAAAUGUUUUUCUUUGUUCCCCAAUCUUUCUCUGUACCCAUUCUCUUAUUCUAUUUAUUUCCCCCCCACACCCUUGACAACUUGCUUCUGAUAACUCUGUUCUUUUACAGAUUGUUUGUUUGGUUUAAGCCGGGGUGUGUCAGUCUUUGAAAGGAGAAGCUUCUCUAGUCUCUACAGCAUUUUUGAAGGAUGAACAAAGUUUUUCUACAAGGACGCAGAUGAGGAUGCGCUUCGUUGUUAUGGUGAUGCUGUUGCCAGCGUUAAUGAGGGCAGGAUCAGAAUGCAGGUCCAGCUGUCGGCUUUCCAAUAUCUCCAUUAACGUGGAAAGUGAGGAAUGUGGCAGCUGCAUCACAAUCGACACAACUGCAUGUGCCGGGCUUUGCAAAACACAGGAAAGAGUUUACCGUAGCCCCAUGAUACAGUACUACCAGAACAUCUGUAACUUCAGAGAAUGGACCUACGAGACCUACGAGUUUAAAGGCUGCCCUGCCGGGGCUGACUCGGUUUUCACGUACCCUGUGGCCCUCAGCUGUGACUGCAGCAAAUGUAACUCUGACAUCACAGACUGUGGAGUUCUCAGCCAGCAGACGUCCAGCUGCACUGCACAUUAGACAAGGAAACCAAACCAUUUGAAAGCCUGUUGUCCAAUUUUGAAUAUUCCGUUUUUCAUAAUCAAAUGUACAUUGCAUAAUGGAUAAAACAAAAAUUAAACAUUUCUGCAUCGCUUGUAAGUAUCAAUAAUGCAAUAACCCAUACAUGCACAUAACUUCCAACAGGUCAUCUGUGAGAUGUUGAAUCAUCCUGUUGUUUUUCUGGAAUCCUCUGUAGGCUCUGGUAUCAAUAAUCUUAGUCAGGCACAAACUGCACUAUUAAAACAGCUUACACACAGCAUAAACAGAACUCAUUUCCUGUGAUAAACCAUCUGUUCCCAAGUGCUUAUACACACAGGCACGUUCAUUUUGCUUGUAAAA